GAAGCUGGCCAUAGAAGCGGGCGGCUAGAGCGACCCUGCGGGAGGUGGCAGGAAAGGCUGGGAGCAGCUGCCGGAGGUGACGGAGCGGCCGCCCCGCCCCGCCCCGUGCGCUGGAAGACGAGGCUUCCAGCUCCAGACAGCUCGAGACCAGAGCCCCGCACCUCGGUGCAGCCAUGAGUGCCGAGGUGAAGGUGACGGGCCAGAACCAGGAGCAGUUCCUGCUCCUCGCCAAGUCGGCUAAGGGGGCCGCGCUGGCCACACUCAUCCAUCAGGUGCUGGAGGCCCCUGGUGUCUACGUGUUUGGGGAACUGCUGGAUAUGCCCAAUGUUAGAGAGUUGGCAGAAAGCGACUUUGCCUCCACCUUCAGGCUGCUCACAGUGUUUGCCUAUGGGACCUAUGCUGACUACUUAGCUGAAGCCAGAAAUCUUCCCCCACUCACGGAGGCUCAGAAGAAUAAGCUUCGACAUCUUUCAGUUGUCACUCUGGCUGCCAAAGUCAAGUGUAUCCCGUACGCAGUGUUGCUGGAGGCCCUUGCCCUGCGGAAUGUGCGCCAGCUGGAAGACCUCGUGAUUGAGGCUGUCUAUGCCGAUGUCCUCCGUGGCUCUCUGGACCAGCGCAAUCAGCGGCUAGAGGUUGACUACAGCAUUGGGCGGGACAUCCAGCGCCAGGACCUCAGUGCCAUUGCCCGAACCCUGCAGGAGUGGUGCGUCGGCUGUGAGGUGGUGCUGUCUGGCAUCGAGGAGCAAGUCAGCCGUGCCAACCAGCACAAGGAGCAGCAGCUGGGCCUGAAGCAGCAGAUCGAGAGUGAGGUUGCCAACCUUAAAAAAACCAUUAAAGUCACAACAGCAGCAGCAGCUGCUGCAGCCACUUCUCAGGAUCCUGAGCAACACCUGACAGAGCUGAGAGACCCAGCUCCUGGCACCAACCAGCGCCAGCCCAGCAAGAAAGCCUCAAAGGGCAAGGGGGAGAAGAUUAAUCCCCAGUCCACUCUAAAGCCAAGUGCUGGAAAGUGAAAAGAACCAGAUACUGUUGGCAGACUCUUGGCUAGCAGCCAGGAGGCCUAGACCCUGGACAAGUUGCUCCAUACCUCAGCCCAUGUUCAGAAGUAACGGGCACCUACUGAGCACCACCGUGUCUUAAGAGUGGACAUGCAGACUGACCGUCACUGUCCCUAUGCUCAGGACCUGCCAUGCAGUCUGUUUCUUUGACCUCACAGAAUGACAAGGGGGAUGUUGGUAGUGAACUUGAAUUUUCACAUUGAAAACACAUAAAACUAUUAGCUUUGUUGGUCUUUGGCCCUUUUGUCCACAUUAGAGUUUCCCAAGAAGUAUGGCAGGAGAUCAUCCUAGAGUGCUGCUUGCUUCCUAGAAGUGGGGACCCAGUUGGAGGUGGGCAUUUGGACCCUCACUCACAUGUGAAGUGCUCUCUUUGAGGGCCUAGUGGGUCUACUCGACUGGGCCCGUGCUAUUCGCUAGCUGGGAAUUGAGGACAAAUUGCUCUUUUUUUGACAGGGUCUCUCUCACGUAGCCCUGUCUGUCCUGGAACUCCCUAUGUUGAGUAGGGUGACCUAGACUAAGAGAUCCACCUGACUCAGCCUCCAGAAUGCUGGGAUUAAAGACAUGUGCUACCAUGCCUGGCUAUAGACAAAAUACUCUUAACUGCUCCUAAAGCUAGUGGUCACUGGACUAGAAAGCCUUGGUGUUUUGUUUUUUUGUUUGUUUGUGGGUAGUUGUUGCUUUGAGACAGUCUCAUGUAUUCCAGGCUAGCCUUGAACAUACUGUGUGGCUAAGGAUGACUUGAGUUUAGGAUCCUCCUGCCUCCAGCUGAGUGCUGGGAUUACAGGCGUGCACCACCAAACCUGCUUUAGUUGACACUCUUGUUUCUCAGCUUUGCCCUAGAUAAGCUGGUUGGUUCUCUUCUGAAAUAAACCUUUUUCUGUCCCUGA